AUGGGUGGAAAAAAGCCAGCUAAGCAAACCCUCCCCUCACUACAAGGUGAUACCACGAAUCGAAUGAUACCCAACACCUUCGCGUUAUCAUCAUCACCUCCACGUAACGCCAAACGGCGUCGACUAAACCCUCCAGAACCCAGGUCACCGAGAACACGGUCUGAGAAACGAAUACAACAGGCACAAGAUCCUAAACUUCCUGGCGUAUUACGUCAACACACCCGAGCUCAGUCCCUCUACUCCCAGUCUACAGAGCCAUCGGAGGUUGAGCAAAAGAGCAAUCUUGAGAGCGCAGCCCUCAAAGUCACCAAUUACACACCUCAGAACCGUGGAGACCAUGAGAACCUGCUACAGAGAUCUUUACAGGCGUUCCUUGAUCACCUCCCAGAUGCCGGCCGGAGUGGCAUUGCGAAGGAUAUUAUUGAUCUACAAGAUGAUGACGCCAUUUAUCAAUACUUUCGCAGUCUGUAUACCGGUCUGAGAACGCGUAUGCGCUCCCGCUCCAAGCCGCCUUCGGUCGCAAGUAUCCCGACUGAGCAGCGGGACUCACAUGCCGAGCGGAUUUCGACAAGUUUGGACCAGCCUGUGUCGCGUACGAUGGAGUUCAGAGAAGGAUUGCUUCAACGUGAUGGGUACCGCUGCGUUUUGACUGGGGACAUGGAGUUCAGUCACUGGGAAAGUCUCGAUUGCCCGGAAGAUGUUAUAGAUCUAGGCAAAACGGAAGGGGCGCAUAUCAUCCCCUUUUCGUAUGCAGCCUGGGAUCCUAGACGGAACAACCUCUUACCAGACGUAUCGCGCGCAUGGGAGGUUCUCUGGCGCUGUUUCCCUAGUAUGAGGGCGAUCGGCUUUAACCACGAGGACAUCAACAGUCUAUGUAAUGGUCUUACGCUUACAAACUGGGUUCACGAACACUUUGGCGCAUUCCGAAUCGCCUUUGAAUGCACUGGUGCUGAGAAUAAAUAUAAAGUCCACACAUUCAAAGGGGUCAGCGAUAAGUAUAAGGCGCACUUUCCGCUGGAGGUUCGUUUUAUAAACAAGGAUACAGAUAAUGAUCGAAGUUUGCCAAGUCCUAUACUGCUCGAUUGUCACUUCCGGUUGGCCAAGAUCCUGAAUGCUUCUGGAAUGGCAGCAGCAUUUGACUUUGACUUUGAAGAGUGGGAAGAGGUUAAGGUCAGGGCGGGUGGUCAGCUACCUGAGGAUGGUGAUAUUGAUAUUAGUCAAGCUUUAUGUGUUGGUCUUGAACUAUGUGGUUAUGCUAUUAGAGGGAUUUAG